GUUGGGUGCUCAAGUUCCUCAAAGUCAGGCAUCCGCUCAGUCCUGAGAAAAGGCGGAGGGAAGUACACCCUGUGUCGGUUUCCCCUCCUUCCACCUUCCCAGGAUGUCAAACCCUACCAUGGAAGAGACAUUAGAAGAUCCCCCCACAUCAGCUGUCAUGCUGGAUCAUUGCAAUUUCUCCCAGGUCAUCUUUAACAGUGUGGAGAAGUUCUAUGUCCCAGGAGGGGACAUCACUUGCUAUUACACCCUCACCCAGAGUUUCAUUCCCCGACGAAAGGACUGGAUUGGCAUCUUUAGAGUGGGAUGGAAGACAACCCGGGAGUACUAUACCUUUAUGUGGGUCACUGUGCCCUUGGACCUAAACAGCGACUCAGUCAAACAGCAGGAAGUCCAGUUUAAAGCUUAUUACCUGCCCAAGGAUGAUGAGUAUUAUCAGUUCUGUUAUGUGGAUCAGGAUGGUGUGGUCCGGGGAGCAAGUAUCCCUUUCCAGUUCCGUCCAGAAAAUGAGGAGGACAUCCUGGUUGUUACCACCCAGGGAGAGGUAGAAGAGAUUGAACAACACAACAAGGACCUUUGCAGAGAAAACCAGGAGCUGAAGGACAGCUGUGUCAGCCUCCAGAAGCAGAACUCAGACAUGCAGGCAGAGCUCCAAAAGAAGCAGGAGGAACUAGAAACCCUAAAGGGCAUCAAUAAGAAGUUAGAAGAGAAAGUUAAAGAGCAGAAGGACUCUUGGGAGACAGAGCUGCUUCGACUAAAAGAACAAAACCAUAAGAUGUCCUCCGAAAAUGAGAAGAUGGGAGUCCGAGUGGAUCAGCUGCAGGUCAAGCUGUCAACUCAAGAGAAAGAAAUGGAGAAGCUUCUUCAGGGAGAUCAAGAAAAGACAGAGCAGUUGAAAUUUCUGAAAAAGGAAAAUGAUCAGCUCUUUAUCAGCUUAGCUGAACAGAAGGAGCACCAGAAGAAGCUGGAGCAAACGGUGGAGGAGAUGACUCUGAAAGAAACAACAGCAAUGAAGAAGCAUCAGGAGUUAACGGACCAGAACUUUGACCUGUCAGAAAGACUGAAUGAGAACAAGAUUAUAUGUAAUGUGCUACAGAAAGAGAAAGAAAGACUGGAAAGAGAAAAUGAUUUUUUGAAGAGGGAGAACACUAGAUUGCUGAGUUACAUGGGUCUGGAUGCCGACUCUUUGCCAUAUCAAGUGCCUACUUUAGAUGAAGGUGAUCCAGGAGCAGACCCAGGACUUGUCUAUGAAAACCCAUAUUCUGGUAUCCAAGAAAGUUCUGCCCCCAGCCUGCACUCCAAGAAAUGCCCCACCUGCAGAUCAGAACCUGAUGAUAUGUUUGAGCGAGGCUUCGCGCCGGAGGAUGUGCAGGCCCCUUGUCUGACUUGUCCAGUUUGUGACCAGAUCUUCCCAGCAAACGAGAAGCAGAUCUUUGAUGAUCACGUGUUCUGCCACUCUAUAUAAGUGCCCCAGCCUCUUGGAUAUAUACUAUGCACAGAUUUUCUAGAGUAGAACCUAUAGCUUCUACUCUGAGCUAUGACCUGAGAUCCUGCCUAUUCAAAAAUUAGUAGGGAUUUACUCCGUCUUGCUGUCCUAAAGGUGGAGCCGUGUUGAUUAGCUAAAGGAGAAUGUUAUGGGUCGUUACUUUCAUUCUUACGGGUUACUACCUUUUAAAUCACAUAACUAACUGUGUCAGCCUCUCACCUAUAGUGCCCAUUGUGCCAUGCAUCAUCUGUCUAAGAGGGCCUUGGGAUGGAAUUAACCUAGCUAUUCACAACAGGUCUGACUCAAGUAUUAAGUGGUUCAUUUUCCAAGUUGUCCCCCUCACUCAUGGUCAGUCCUCCAGUAUACUGCACUUACCGUGGGGCUGGAGACUGGCCAGAGGCUGAGAAGUUCCUCCUCUUUCUCCAACUGAUUGCACUAGACUAGUAAAAGGUGGCACAACAGAGAAUGCAGGCAUCCAGUUUGGGUACUGCAGGAUUCUUGAUUUCUCAACUCCCAGUAGAAACAUUUAUUUCUGAACUGUGGACAGGAAGUAUUUCAAUCACAGAAAACCUUUAUCUCUGAAUACAUCUGAUUGGCAUGUUCAACCAUUUGAUCUUUUCUAUGCACAUAAUUCUGUUGGCCUUUCUUAAUGGUUAGUAGGAAUUGUUAGAAACUGGGGGUUUACGACUUUCUAAGCAGGUGAGCUUGGAUAUGAAUGUCAGAAUAAUGAGAACUACUGUUAAUCUUUCUACUACUAAAAAAUAAACUAUUCCUUAUUUGA